CAGCAACCCCCUCGUUCUGUUUACUGAACUAUCACUCCUGAAAAACAGACGAGGUGGCUAAAAUCCUGUCAGGCAUUCCUUUUCCAUUUGGUUUUUAAAGAGCCUUCUAAUUCAGGGGAUCUUUUUCAUGCAAUUAUGAAGGUCUUCAUUGUACUAGCACUCUGCUGUAGUUUUUUCUCUAGCAGUGCUGUUCCUCUUGCUUUUGAGUUUUCGGACUGUGAUGACCCUCAUGUCUUUAAAGCUGUCGAUGCAGCACUGAAGAAAUACAAUGAAGACAGAGCAACGGGUAACCAAUUUGCUCUAUACGUGGUGAUGGAAGCCAAGAGAACUGCAGGUCCUGACCCACAGUAUUAUGUGAAAUACAGAAUACUUGAAAGCACUUGUGCCGCUGAGGAAAAUAAACACUGGCAACAGUGUCAUUACAAAGUAUCUGCAGAGGCUAAAACAGGAGAAUGCACAGCUCGAGUUCAUAUGAAUGAUGCUGAUAAAGCAACUAAUAUUUCACAAGAGUGCAAAAUUUUCUCAGAUGUGUCAAAGAUAAGACUUACUGAGGCUCCAUGUCUUGGAUGCUUUCACCAUAUAUCAAGUGAUGGUUCAGAAGUGUCAGAAAUUCUGAAAAGAGCCAUUCAAAAUUUUAACAAGCACAGCGGUGAACUUGCCCUUUUUAAACUUGUGGAAAUAAAAGAAGCUAAGAGACAGGUGGUAGCUGGAUGGAAUUACAUAAUUAGAUAUGAAAUUGAGGAGACUAAUUGCACCAAAGACCAGUUUCAAGAUUUAACUCCAGAAUGCAAAAUCACUUCUAGAGGUCGUGUAGCUAAAUGUGAGGCAAAAGCAUUUCAGAAUCUUCAGGCAGAGAUCGUGGAUACUGCCAGCGACUGCAAGUUUCCAGUUCAAGAAACAGUAGUUGCUGCCAUUUGCCCAGGUUGUCCAAGGGAUAUCCCAAACGACAGCCCAGAACUGAAGGAACUACUGAAGGUUUCUACGGAGAAGUAUAAUUCAGAGAGCAAUAAUGAUUUCUACUAUAAAGUUGGAGAAAUACAAUCAGCGACAGUCCAGGUGGUUGCAGGAAAAAAGUACCAAGUAAAAUUUACAGUUUGGAAGACAAACUGCUCUAAGAGUGAGUUUGAAAAACUUAAUGAAGCCUGUACAGCCACAUCAAACAGUGAAUUACUGUCGUGUGACGCGCAGAUUCACGUGAUCCCGUGGCAGGGUAAAAUCUAUCCCCAGGUGAACUGCUCUGAAUACCUGGGAGUGCUACUCUACGCCAGGCGGCCUCCUGGAUUCACACCUUUCCGGAGCACUCCUGGACUCACACCUUUCCGGAGCACUCUCGAUCUAAGCGAGGAAGUUUCACAUGCUGAUAAAAAUGAAGGAGAAAGUCAAAGCCCUAGCACGGACACGGGGAAAGACGAUGGACAGGAACCUGAAGGCAAAGAUCGCCCAGAAUCUCCCCACCCCAGAUGUCCUGGAAAACCAUGGAAACAACUUGUGGGCUUUCCAGCCCCUCCUAGUUUUCCCAGAGAAUUCACAAAUGAGGAUCUCUUGCCUUCUGCAGCAGAAAACAUCGAUCCAGCUACAGAACACGAUGAGGAAGACUUUGAUCUCACAGGUGCUGUGGGCUUUCCAGCCCCUCCUAGUUUUCCCAGAAAAUUCACAAAUGAGGAUCUCUUGCCUUCUGCAGCAGAAAACAUCGAUCCAGCUACAGAACACGAUGAGGAAGACUUUGAUCUCACAGGUGCUUUAGCAUAAUUCAAACACUGUAGGAUCCUUUUCAGAAAUGUUACAUAGAAAAUAAGAAGAAUACUGCCUUUUGAAAUGUAUAAAACACAAAGAGGCAAAAGCUCAUAUUCUGUUAACUGAAAUACUCAAGUAGGUCACCAGCACUUCUGGGGACCUAAGACCAUAUGGCAAUACUGUGUAUUUGCAUAUAUUUGCAAAUAUGUAAAUCAGUGUAACUCAUCUGCCUCAAUUUUCUAUAAGCACAAACUGAAUCACUGCGUCAAAUCUUACUGUAUUAUAUUUAAAACAAUGGCAGAAAGAAUUUUGCAGAUUACAUGAAGAAUCUCAACCAAAUAUGGGUAAAACGGAAGACAGUAUAGAACAAGAGAGUGUCUCUUAGAUAUAUGAAAUAAUUGUUCUCUAAUUUACUGGAGUGGAUCAUUUAAAGAACAAAAUAAAACAAAGUAACCUUUUUAUCUGUUCAUUUCUUUAAACAAAUCAAUAUUGCCACAAGUCUAUCACUAAUGGUUGUUGUGUUGGAUGAGAUAACAGGGACAGCUGAGAGAAUCCUAAAUAAAGCAGGUUUAUUAUUGCCUAUACAUAUUAUGUUAACUACCUAGAGAUGUACAUUGAUUGGCAGAUUUUCAUUCAGCAGAGAUGCAUGAAUACCACAGAUCAGAUGACAAAAUGAUGAACUCUUGAGACACCUAAAAUUUGUGUGCCUUCUUCGAUCAUUAGGUUGUGUGUAAUUUUGAGACUGGACUGAUUUUUCUAUUCUGGGUCUCUUCCAAAGGUUGAGUUUUUGGUGCAAUGCAUUAGCUAAAAAGCACCAACUAUUUCUUGCAAAAUAAAAUAUGUUUCCCCUCUGUA